AUGAGCGGCAGCGGCGGUGGGCGAAAGGCGGUGGCCCCCGGCGGCGAGGAGGUGGAGGUGGAGGCGCUCAUCCGGGCGGCGCAGGACGCGGUGCUCCUGAAGCUCCAGGCGAACUCCCACCUCGUCUCCUCGACGCCCGCCGCCCUGGCCUCCAGCCCUCCCCCGUCGCUCGACGCGGCGGCGCUCGAUCCCCUGGACAGCGACCUCGCCCGGCGCUUUGACGCGCUCAAGUCCCGCGCGGCCGCGCCGAAGCCGAAGCCGAAGCCGGCCGCGAUGGAUGAGCUGGAGGCGUGGUUCGCUGCACUGAAGGGGGCGGUGGCGGGGCCAGAGAAGGAUGCGAGGUUGAGGCUGGAGGAUCUAGGAGGGGAGUCGUCGGAGGAUAAGGCGGACGAGGUGGACAAGGUGAUGCGCUGGGCGAUGGACACCGCGCGCCUCGACGUCGCUGCGGCGGGCGCCGGCGGCAAGGCGAAGAAGCGCGCUGACGACGAGGAGGAGGAGGAAGAGAAGGGUGAGAAGAGCAGCGUGAGUAGCGAGGACGACGACGACGAGGAUGAGAGAUUGCGGUUGGAAAUGGCGAGGAAGAAGACGGCCAAAACCAAAUCCAAGAACAAGUGGUUCUUCUUGUGA